AUGGCUAUGCUAAACCAUGCCUGGGAAACAAAUGCCAUCGAGGAGUCUAUUCUCGUAGAGCAGUACCUGGCGAUAUGGACCACGCUUUCGGAGAUGAAACAGACAACGGCUCAGGACAUCGCUGAGCUGGACAUGUGUGCCUCGGCGUACCUUGAACUUCAAGAAGAAGUUUCUUCUGCUGACCAAAAACCUUACGGACCUGCUGGUCGACCUCAGCAAGAUCAACAUGAAAGUGUUUUUCCCCGGUUGGACGCUGCUGGUCCUCGCGGCCUGUCAGAGCUGCACCCCUACGGGCGAGGAAGUCCGGCAGCAGAUCAUGAGCAUCUUCGAGACGCUGGAACUAAAAUGGCCACUGAGCACCGUUGCCGAGCUCAAGGACGCCGUGCAGUCGAUCUGGGUGCUCUACGACACAAGUAUCGAGGAGCCGGAGAACCUGGCGGGCGCAUUGAGAUUGGAGCACGACGGCGUUGA